AACGGACGAGCGGCAGUCUCGCGCGGCUCGUCUUGUAGUGGAGUGCGAGUAUGGCGAGUUGAUUGGAACGACGAGACUUUUGCACACAUAGAGAGAAAGAGAGAGAGAGACCGAGAGGCAAUCGUUCUUGCUCGAAGAAACAAGAUUCGGGAAGAACGAUAUUAACCACUGCACGCGCGCGCACGAUCUCGAUUGACUACGCGGAGAGAUAUUGAAAGAGAUCGAGCGAUCACGCACAACGAAGAGAGUGCCUCGCUCUCUACCUCUCGUUUUCCCCGUUUAUUUAUCUAUCUAUUGCACACUUGUGUGUAUCAGAAGGCGCCGGUGCUACCGGACGCUCGCCCGGUGACUCGCGCUCCAAUAGAGGAAGUGGCCUUGCCCACGUCGAGAACACGCCGGUUCUCGCGACUCUCAUAAACUCCCUUUCAACGUUUGACACAUUCAAGCUUGAACCAGAAUCCGUACUUGAAUCCAGUGACGACGCUCGACGAGUCUGAAAAUUGUCUGAAAGGUGCAACAUCAGCUAUUAAAAUUGCGAGACAUCGACUUAAUACAAUUAUCAAACAUGAAUAAGGUGGAUUAUAUGGAGGUGACUCUCCCGAAUUAUUCUUACAUCUUUAAUUUCGAAGAAACAUUCAGCCAUUACGAAACCAAGCAAUGGAUGAUGAAGAAUUGGACGAAUGGCUUCUAUUACUGCGGAUUGUACAUGAUCUUAAUAUUCGGCGGGCAACUUUAUAUGGCUAGCAGGCCCAGAUUCGAACUCAGGGGAAUACUGUGUCUUUGGAAUACGUUAUUGGCUACCUUUUCUAUUAUCGGUUUCACCAGAACGGCACCCGAAUUAAUACACGUUCUCAGGCAUCACGGACUACAUCAUAGUAUUUGUACACCAAGCUUCAUCGAGCAGGAUUGCGUGUCGGGCUUUUGGACAUGGAUGUUCGUAUUGUCGAAGCUACCCGAAUUAGGCGACACCAUCUUUAUCGUGUUGCGUAAACAGCCAUUAAUCUUCCUGCACUGGUACCAUCAUAUUACCGUCCUACUGUACUCCUGGUUCUCGUAUUCGGAGCAUACCGCAUCCGCGCGAUGGUACGUCGUAAUGAACUACUGCGUCCACUCAAUCAUGUACACCUACUAUGCUCUGAAGGCGAUGCGGUACAGACCACCUAAAGCGAUCUCCAUGGUAAUCACUACGCUACAGCUCGCCCAGAUGGUGAUCGGCUGCGCCAUCAACAUAUCCGCCUACCAAUACCUGGAGAGCGGCAAAGUGGACUGCCACAUUACUCGCAUGAAUAUCCGUUUUAGCUUCGCGAUGUACUUCAGCUAUUUUGUCCUAUUCGCGCGAUUCUUCCACAAGACGUACCUGGCCAGAAAGAAGGCCAACAAGAAGCACUUUGCUAACAGCGCACCUGGUCACAUCGGCUAUAAUGAUAAGCUCAAAGCCAACUAAGGCGAUAACCAGCACACCAAGACGCCCGGGCGUCUUUUUCUCUAUCUUUCUGCCGUUCUUUUUCUCUUUUUAUUUUCCUCUGUAUUUUUUUUUUCUCUUUUUCUUUUUCACGCCGCUGGUCGACGUAGCCAUAUACAUCCAGGAUCUAUUUAUAUUAGGAGAUGUUAGGAUUCAACGGCUUCUAGGAUUCGCGCAUUUAGUGGUUACCACUAAUUAAAACAAUGAUUCUUGAACUGUGAUUUCCGAACUGUGAAUUUUAAAUUAACGUAAUUUUAUUUUUUUCUCUAUUUAAAAAUUACUUUUUUAAAUAAUAAUUGCAUGUUAUAAACAAAAUUAAUAAUCAUAUUUUUUUAUUAAUAUUAUAAUUAAUAUUAUUUUUAAAUACAAUAUGUCUUAUGUUAAUUUUGUUAAUAAUAAAAAUAUAAAUACAUGUUUGUAAAAAUAUAAACACAUGUUUGGUUUACGAAUAUACAUAUAUGUAUUCAUAAGCCAAAUUAGGAAAGACUCGUCAGAAAUAUUACUUUUAGGCAUGAAAUUAUUCUCUGCCUAUCCCGGUUCUAAUUAUGUCUAUUAUAUAUUAGAGCUUUAAUUCUAACUAUUAAAAUUAUGUUAAUUAGAGUGUCGAAAUUCAAAGUUAUAUAAAGCCUAAAGCGCACAGAACAACUUUAAACCUUUAAGAUUUGUAGGAUUUACAUCUUAUAAGAAUCUAAAUAAAUUCUGGAGUUCAUAUAUAGAUAUAUAGAAAAUCAUAUGAUAUAUUCUAGGAACCAUCGAAUUUUAAGUCCAUAGAGCCUAGAAAUCAUAUUUCUCUUAAACUCUUUAGAUUCUAGAAGCCGUAUAUCCUAGAGGUUAUAGAUCUUGGGUGCGAUUUCUCAGGAUCUUUAUAUCCUAGGAUUCAUAAAAUAUAUAUUCAUGAAUCUGUAAAAAAAAAUCUUCGCGAAUCGGUAGAUCCUAAAACAUAUAUAUUUAAGAAGAUAUGUAUUUUACAGGAUUAUUUUAUCUAAUAUUUACAUAUAGAUCUCGUAAAAUAAUAAAUUCAUAAAUUUUCGAAUUUACAAAAUCUAGCAUUCAUAUUUCAUGUAAUUUUUACAUCUUAACGAUCGAUCUUUUAAAAUUUAAAUUUUGCAAGAUCUUUGGAUCGUAGGAUACAUAGCCAAUUAACGUUUUCUUAUGCGCGAAAAGCAUCCUGAGGAGGAGGUUCGCUCGAGAGAUGAACACGCAGCGAUUCUCCUUUUCAUUUUCUUAUAUAUGAUUAAUAAAAACUUUCGCAUAUAUAUAUUGUGGAAGUGCACGUAAGCGUGUACAUCCAUUUCUUAGGUCUGACCGGCUGUUGCACAACAUUGUUAUUAUGAUUUUGUUACUAUCUAUAUUUCUCUUUUGUGCAAUUUAAUAUUGAUAUUAUUUAAUAAUAAUUUAUAAGACC